UGCCUCUCUGUUCAUUCCACACUAACUCAGAUCACAAAUAUCCUCCUCGAGCCAAUACCUGAGGGUAACCUGAAUUUCGGACAGCGGCUCUUCAACCUGCCAGACGUGAGAAACCUGUUUGAAGUAUUUUCUGCUGGGAAAUGUCCAGUCCACUAGAGCGGGUUGUAGCCCAGAAGAAGGAGGCCAUUGAAGCUGUAAUGGAGAUGUUUGAGAGAGGAGCCGAGGUGCUGGCCAGCGCUGUUGGGGAGCUGUGUCCUCUUUUUGAAGCUUCUGCACCAGUUUUGAGGCUGGUCUUGGACAAUGUGGAAAGCAAGGAGAUCACAUAUGUCAAAGAUCAGUUUCUAGUUGUGAGGGGCAAAUUAGAUGUCCUCUCAUCUCAAAUAGAGGACAUCAACUGUGAAAUUAAAAAGGGACGUUUGGAUUCCCAGUUCUUCUCUGUGGAGGAAAAUAUAUGCAACCAGUUUAGAAAAUACAUAGAUAUUCUUGAGGCCAAACCUGAGUACAGAGAGGUUAGAAAACGCUUGUUCUUGCAGCAUUUUCCCAAAACAGGAGGAGAGAAGAACCUCUACAUGCUUUAUGAUGCUUUGAUGGGGAACAGCACAUUUGGGGAACCGAUCCUGGAUGUCGUGGAACAAUACGAGGCCAGAAACAGAAGGGUCCUGGAAGACUUCUGCGUCAGACUGAAGGAGCUGCUCUGUUUGGGAAUCAUCGCUCUGCUGGGAUACUGCUUCCUUACUCAGGGUGAGGAAUCAGAGCAGGAGAAGAUUCAAGUGUGGAGCACAAAGAUCCAAGAAAUUGAGACGAAAAUGAAGGAAACGAUAGAGAAAUGUGUGGAUUCAUUUCCAGAGCAAGCUGAACUAGAUAUCAAGAGGCUUGUGAAGGAGAAAGAAGAUGGGAACCUUCAGGAAACGGCCCAGGAACUGCUGGACUUCCUGGUGAAGAAGUACGACUGGGUGAGCUGGUCCAUCAGAGUUAUUAGUAACUUGGGCAAAAUUAGCAACUUGAGAGCCGGACAAAACUUUCAGUGUGUGGCCGGACAGAAUUAUUUUGAAGUAUCUCAAGGAAAUGUCACCAACCUGGUGAUUUCGUUCAGCAGCAACCCUCAGCCUGUGCCCAACGAGAGCGUAAAGCAGAUGAUGGAAGGCCCUGCGAGGAAGGGAGACGCCAAAGCUGUUGUGGAGCUUCUGGAGAAGCAGUUAGCUGGGUUUCUGGUUCACGCCGUCAGCCGUCACAAGGACAGCUUUGCUCUGUCCAGUUUUCCUGAAGAAUGUCACUACUGGGAGAAACAUAAGAACAUGAAUCUCUGUGUGCAUUCAGAGUAGAUUUACUGCUGAUAAAAAUCUACUCUAACUGAAUUUUACUGUAUCCAUGAUCUGUCUUGAAAAAAAAAAACUGUAUUUAAUUAGAUAAUUGUCUCUAACAAAUAGUUAGUGCAUUUAUUGUAAUUCUUCUUUGUAUUGUUCUAAACUAAAACCAAAGUAAUCUUGUUCAGACUAACCAGUUUAAUUAACCAAACUCUGUAUGCACUUUUUUGAGCAAUUAUAUACAAUGAUAAUACUACUUUAUAUUACAAAGCUUAAUGUAUCUGUCUAAAAUCAUCCCUUGAGAACCAAGAAUUCUCAACCAGGGAUCCAGGGCCCACUGGGGGGCCUAAACAAAAUAAGUAUCAAAUAAUGUACAAUAAGACAAAAUGUGCAUUAAAAGCUAAAUUUAAAAAGUCUAUAUAUUCCUUAUUUUACUGACCCCCUCAACAACUGUUUUUUUUUUUUUUUUUUUUUAGUUGAAGAAUCAGUAUUCCCACAGGAAACAUGGAUAUAUGUGAGAAUAGUUUAAAAGGUAUAGUUUCCAGACCUGGAAAACUCAUGGAAAACUGGCAAAAAAUAUUGUAAUUUUAACUUUUAAAAUGCCAUAAAAUAUACAAGUAGAAACUGAAUAAAAAUUCUUUUUUUUUUUACUCAAUCCAUAUCCAAACAAUUACACGUUAAGGGGCUUUCUAAUGUUGUGGAGGACAACAGUGCAUCCUUGGAGACAAAAAGGUUGAGAACUGCUGCUUUAAACAAGAUCAUGUAUUAAAGAUUUUGUAAAAUGGUUAAAAGUAGGGAAAAUGGCUUUUGGACCAAGUACACUGUAUUAGACUGGUGCCAGAACUGGCAAUUUGUCCUUUGUGAGUGAAUGACCUACAUAGUGCCGGCACAAUUCAAAUGCCCUACCAACCCUGAAAAGAGGCAAUGAACACAUCUCAGUCUUUUUGCCUUGUCUCAGUGGCCCACACAAACUGAGCCUUCAGUAAAAGUAAAAUGAGGACCUUUACAAAUGUUUCAAUAUCUGACAUACAUUGCUAUGAUAUACCACCCAAAGCCAUAUUUAAUUAAAUUACUGUUGUAGUACACAAGUCAGCAUUUUCUGGCCAAGGGCUGCAGAAACAUGGUGAGUAACGCUUCACUUUGUUAAUAUAAAGCCGACGAGUUCUGAAGUGCUGUGAUCAGCUGGAUCCAGUCAUUAAAAUCACUGAGGUGCUGAGCGAAGGAACACUCCAGAGGGAGGAUCCAUUUCCAUUGGGUUCUUGUAUUCCAUUCUAUGUGUUUCUAUUAUGAGUCAAUGAGAUCGUAAAUGCAUAUUGUUUGAAAUUAUAUUCAUAACCAAUAUGUAAAAACUACAUUAUUAGAGGCCCAUUUGACCUUAUGGUGCAAGAUCAUUAA